UUACGUGUUCGCCCCGCUACAGAACUGUUUUACCUUUAUUUAUGUCAAACAGAAAUCGACCGGCGCCAGCGCGUAGACUUGCGGACGCCGGCGUCGAAACACGUCGUUAACAAAGAGAAGAAGGGGUCGAAGAGAGAAGAGUCGCGUAGUUAUCAGGAAGAAAGGAACGUCGAUCGACCAUCGCCGACCGCUGUCAUCCCAAGAAGAGAACGACGACAGUCCGGUCGACCGCUGAAAUCGAAUCGGAGCUCCUUAUGGAUUAGAAAAGGUCUCAAUAUGAGUUGGUAGCUACCCGAUUUCUGGAACACGUUUGGAAGCGCAAUAUUUUUUUACGGCAGAUCCAGAAGAAGUUAAAACGAAAGCGGCUAUCGCAGAACUUUCGGAAGAAAAAAAGAGAAAAAAUCAUGCAAGAGAAUUUGCAACGGAAGAUUAAUAGCUGCGAGUAGCUAAACGUUUGGUCGCGAUACUGGCAGUUGGCCAUUUGGCGUCUUGGGUCGUAUAUGCCUAUCCAUACACACACGCAUACACACUGCAAUAUCAUAUUUGAACCGCAUUGCGGUUCGAGGUCAGAGGUCAAGGUCAAAUUUCAACUACUCUUGACGGAAGUGAAAUGAGCAGCAACAGCGGGGGUGGUGGGAUCGGCGUUGCUGGGGGUCCAAGUCUUGUGGCAGCUCAGCAAGGUCAAGGGGUUGCAGCUCUCCUCGUGAUGCUAGCUGUCCUUUGCUUUAUAUUCGCCUACUGCUGCUGGGGUGCUCCUUUUUGCAGAUCGCUCUGCAGGAGACACUGCUGUUGUCGCGUAGAAGAUCCCGAACCAGAUACGAGAUUCGGAAGUACGGAUCAAGCAAUGGUAGCCACUCCCACAAUAAUCCUGCUGCCCCAUGGAAGGAUGCUCGUAGUUGAUGGCACUGUUUUCACACAAUUUCAAGCAGACACUACAGGUCUAGAUCUCGUGGAGUUGGGUGAAAGCGUUAUAAGAUCACAGAGAAAUCCUCGGAGUUUGAAUCGUCAUCAGCUGAGGAGCAGCCAGGGUAGCGUUAUGGAUAUGGACGCGGAAACACCAAGCAAAGAGAGUCUCGGUUCGUUGACCGGAUGCUUUCCACCGCCUACUUACGAGAGUAUAUAUGGCAGGGAUGAAGGGGAGAUGCCACCCUCUUACUCUGACAUACUCCUUCACAGGUUUGGGAAUCUUCCGUUGGAAUUGGAUAUGCAGGAGUAUGCACAAGACGGUAAAGAGGAGAUACAGAUGCAAACACUGGAAACGCGACCGCGGGUCACAGAGAAUCCUGGAAGCAAUACACGUUAUCGUUAUGCGGGCAUAAUAAGCAGUUUUUCCAAUCCAAGUUUUCCACAACAAACGAUCACACGGAAUCCUAGUUUGAUUGACAACCCGUUGGACGAGUACUACACCGACAUUAACCUAGAGGGUUACACAUCGACUGGUGAGGGCCUCUUAUCCGGUCCAAGCCGAAUUGCUGAUGUACAAAGCCUUUACAACGAACGUAUCAAUGGAUACACUGAGCAUUUUUCAAACAAUGAACCUGAGACAACGAAUUUCAGAUACGUAGGCGAAAAUCUAAACAUUUCAGAAACUGCAGAGGUAUCACAUUAUCCUCCUAAUAACGAAGCAAGACAUAUUGUCCCACGAAUAUUACCUGUAGAGGUUUCAUCUCCAACCUCCCCGGAUGAUGGGGAGUCAACAGACUUUGGAGCACUACCUGAUAUUCGAGAGAGUAGAGUAUGAACGAGAGAAUGGAGAAACAUGUAACGAAAUAUAUGAAAUUACUGAGUAACGUCGAAUAAUUUGGUAAGCUAAGGUUCAACUUCUGUAUUAUAUUAUGUAUACGUAUAAUAAAUCCUAUCAGUAGACAUUCGUA